GCGGCCAGGGCCCCUCAGCUCUGACUCGAGUAAUGUCAUGAGGUGCAUUCCAGUCACCCUAUUAUGCACAGGCUAUUCAGACAACCAUAGGGACUGAAAAAUCUCCACUGGGAGGGAACUUCAAACUGCAUAGGGAGUAUUGAACAAUAGUUACCACUUUGCGGGAAGCUACAGGACAGUUUACCCACCAUCUUUGCAUAUCUUUUAAAUGACACUGUACACACUUAAAAAAGAUGAUUCUUCAAAGGUUCUUCAGGAAACUUUUGUUCUUUUUGAACACUCAAAGAACCCCUUUGCAUGAAUACAUGAUUAUUUGCCUCGUGAAAGGGUUUUUCAGAUUGCAGAUUGCAGUAGAUGUUUCAAUGUAGAACCUUAUUGAAAAGGGUUUUAGACAGGACCAAAAGGGUUCUGUUAUUGUUAUAAUGUCAAGUUUGUAACAAUAGAAGAACCCUUUUUGGUGGUAUCUAGAACCAUAUACACCACAUUCUCCAUCGAUCUGUAGAACCAUUUUACAAGGAAAAGAACUAUUAAAUCAUGCAAAGGGUUCUUUCAGUGUUCAUGGUUCAGAACCUUGGAAGAACUAUCAUUUGUAAGAGCGUAGGACGUUCUGAAUGAAGGUGUUUAUCAACUGCGUUUCCUGGGUUCAAGUGUGCAGGGAAUGUAACAGUACUGAUAGGAAACCUGCACAAUGGAAUGCAGCUGUGGUUGAGUUGAGUUGUGACAUCAUAUAUUCUGCAGUUGCGAUGCAACGACUCCAAAACGUUCCAAGAAGUUCAGAAAAGGCACACAGUGUCCACAAAAAGAGGAACAAUGUCUGGAUUUCUAACUAAGCUGAUACUUGUAGGCUCAUUUGUUCACGCAGGUUUAAGUUGCUACCAUUGCUUUAUAGAUACAGAAGACAGCAUGCGACUGUGUUGGGGUCACAUUCUCACUGAAUACAACAUUCGCAAUGUAGACUCCUGCUUCAAAAUGCUGGAUAGGAUGUUCAAUAACAACCAGAACGUGAUUGAAGCAGCGAAAGUGGGCAGAGGCUAUGACUCAGUGCUGAGGAAGAUCAUGAUGGCUGAAAUCAUGCCCAUCGUAGAGGAAUUUGACCAGGCGAUGAAUAACGAAACGGAGUAUGAAGACAGGCUACAGGCAGCUGCAGACAAGUUCAUCACAAUAGCCUCUGGGCUGCCCAGGGCGUCUGGAUGUUUUCCCCCCUGCGGUUUUCAGGCUCUUGGUGCUGUCUACAAUUGCAUGUCCUGUCAGUAUGACACCUGCGAAUUCCCACUGGAUUGUCCUUUGCAGGAAAUCACCGUGGAGGAAAACAACAGGACUCAGAUGUGGUGUGAAGUGCCAUUCAUUUUGCCAAGUGACAUCCAGAUAGUGUGGAGGUAUACCGAGGUCAAAACGGUGUUGAUGGAUAGAUUCAAGGAGGUGACAGUUGGUGUGGACAAGCUCUACUCAAUACCCUCUGCCCGGCCAGAGCACUCAGGCACAUACCAAUGCGAGAUUUUCUCUCAGGAACGCUCCCUGGUCCGCAUCUACUAUCAUCUCUCAGUUACUCCACGUGCAGGAGUGGGUCAUGUAAAGUUGCAGGAUGUGUUUAACCAGGCUCUCCUGCCUGCUGGUCACUUCCCACUAACACUGCCCCAACCCCCGUUUGCCCUGCUGCGGCUGCCCAGAUCGGACCUCCUCACAGUCUGUCUGUCUUCUCUGCUCUUGCUUCUCUUCCUCACUCUGGGAUUACUGUAUUAUAAGACCACCAACAAGAAAAACAUGAAAGAAACUGAUCAAGAACAUGAACCUCUCAGGAAGAGAUAUAUACUUCACACUACUUGA